GAGAUAACUGGGGUUUCUGCACACGCACGUGUGUUUUGUGUUUUGUUGACCAAGACAAUGUCUGCCCUUGAUGAAGCGACCAUGCAGACAGUGAAGGAGGAAAUGCUGCCAUUUCUGUCUCCAUCUGCUCGACCAGACGUGAAACACAAGGCUCUCGGCUUCAUACUUGGUCUAACUGGGAAGAAAGAGGGUGUUCAGUUUGUCAAAGAUAAUCCAGUUUUCCUGGAAGCGAUUGUGUCCUUGACCUCUGAUGACAUGCAAGAUAUCGUAAAAGAUGCGUUCCGAAGUUUGCUCAAUUUGGCAACAGAUGAAGACAUUUCAUGGCGUUUACUAAAUCUGGCCAAAUUUCCCAAUAUAAGUCUAGACUUGAUGAAAUAUUUGUUGAGAAAAGAAAGUGAUUUUGCCGACCUGGUGGGCAGCAUGUUAGCCAAUAUGACACGGACACAGAGAUGUGCUCUGAAACUUGCAGCUGUCGUGGAAGAGCAUCGCGAUGAUGUUGGUGUGGAGAAGAUGGUUGACGCUCUGUGUAACUUGGACUACAACCAGUCUGCUACCCUGGACUGUCUGGGGCUGCUCCUGUCCAAUCUGACUCAGAUUUCCUCCAUCAGACAGGAGUUGAUGGACAAGAACAGUCGCAUUCUACAAAGGCUGAUACCAUUCACAGAAUACAAAGGCUCCCAUCUACGAAGAGGAGGGGUUGUUGGAACUCUGAAAAAUUGCUGCUUUGAGACAGACCGCCAUGACUGGUUGAUGGGGGACCAGGUGGACAUCUUGCCUCGACUGCUGCUGCCCCUGGCUGGGCCAGAAGAGUUUGACGAGGAUGACAUGGACCGACUCCCGGAUGACCUCCAGUACCUACCUCCAGAGAAGGAGCGGGAGAAGGAUCCAGACAUUCGGAAGAUGUUGGUGGAAGCAGUUACACAGCUUUGUUCAAUGAGGAAAUGGCGGCUGUACAUCAAGGAGAAGAACACCUACGUCAUUAUGAGAGAACUCCAUAAGUGGGAGACAGAUCGAGUCAACAAUGUCGCCAUCAUGAGUCUCAUCGACAUUCUUAUCGGAGACGAGCCGAAAGAAGGCAUGGAAGACUUGCACACAGUGGACAUUGACAAGGAUCUCCACAAGGAGCUAGAUGUUGCUCUGGAGGAAAAACUCAAAGAGGCCACUGAUGAAUCUGUUUCACAGUCUUGAGUGAUCGUGUUCUGUCCUUGUGUAAAAGGCAAAAGUAACUGAUUGAUUUUAUUGACAGCAGAAAAGUGACUAUUCUGAUGAUAUGAAUUAUUUAGAUUACUAAAUGGUGUAUAGAUUGAUCAGUCUUCUUAGUAAGAAGUUCUUACUGUGUAUACAUCAAAGCAUUUGUUAAGACAGACCAGAAUAGCUUGAUGCAGUUUUUAUAUACAAGGGUA